CCCUCCAAAAGUUAGUACAACAAGUAAAAUUCUUACAGUCGUAUGCGUCGUAAGUUAUGUAGCGAGAAUAUAUUGAAAUUAUUGUAGUAAACAUUAUUUAUCAUAAAAAAUAAAUAUCAAACAAUGGAUCCAAGUGAAGUAGAGUUUCUUGGUGAAAAAGAAUUAGUCACUGUUGUACCCAAUUUUAGUUUUGAUACAAUUCAUUUGAUUUCUGGCUCGGUAGGUCCUUUUCGAGCUGGUUUACCUGUCAAAAUUCCAAUUUGGUUGGCUGUGAAUUUAAAGCAACAGCAAAAAUGUCGAAUUAUUAAUCAAGAAUGGAUGGAUGCCGAAAGUUUAAAUGAAGCGAAGGAAGAAGAAAAAUUAUCAAAAUUAUUCACAAAAAUGCCUAGUAAUCAUUAUGUGGAUGAAACGCAACUUUUACUAAGUGCUGCAAGUGAUGAUAUACACGAAGCAGAUAAAAUAAGGACAGCAGUGAAAGAUUUAUGGGACAUAAGAAUGUCAAAGCUUCGUACAUCUAUAGAUGCAUUCCUCAAAAGUGAUGGAAUGCAUGCAAAAUUAGAUCAUUUAACUGCUAUGGAAAUCAAUAGUGUGCGUCCAUUACUUCCACAUGCUCUUGAUCAAAUAAUGAGAAUUCAAACUAUUGCAAAAUCAACACAACUUCAACAACAUUUAAACAAGAUCCUGGAAAUUCUGCAAUACACAAAGAGAACAACCAUCUUAUCCAUUGUUUCCUUCAAUUUCCAAUGCAAAUAGCCAUCUUUCCGCUCAAAAAAUUACAGUCUAUCAAGUCGUUUCGACUCGACGAAGCGAAACUAGAUCAAUUAACGAAACUUUGCAAGACCAUGACAAUUUCGUGCUUGUUCCUCCAACGGAGGAACGAUGAAUUGUGUGGAAUAAUCAUCCUCGAUCAUUUUUGAAUCUGAACGAAUGGAUCGUCGAACUGUUCUGGUGUUGAUCCAACGGAGAACGUGGGUAGCGAUUAAUUGGGUAACAGGUAGUUGUUACCAGGCACUCCUGUCUACGAGUGUGCACCUUUCAUGCCCAAUAAACAAGUCGUUUGAUAUUCCAUCCACUGGUGAAAUAUGAUAAUCAAUUUUCUACGCGUUUGUAAACCGACGAUUUCUGAUCCUACGUUUCAUUUUGUUAGGAAUUCUUCAGAUAUGCGGUUUCGUAUGAAGUCUCUUUCUGGCUGUUUUGCAAUUGAGAGAUAAUAAUGAUAAAUAAAGAUCAAGAUAAUGGAUCUUUUUUUUGUCGUAAGUGUUUAAAAGUUUUUGAGAAAUCUGGUUGAAGAUAAACUUAAUUAUUUAAAAUAUCAGAUAUUCUAUAUUUAUUUUAAAGUAUAAAGAACAGGAUAUUAUCUUAAAAUUUUAUAAUUAUCCUACAUAUCAUAUCAUGUCAUAUCAUUUAAAAUUUAUUGGAAAUAGAAAUAAAUUGCAUCUACAUAAAUCAAAUAGUUCCUUAAACUCUUCAAUAGUAACAAUGAUUAAUUAUUUUUUUUCCUCAUAUUCUAUUUACAACUUUUACAUUCAAUAAUAAAAUUUAUUAGGUUUUUGAAAUAAAACAUAAUUUAAAAUAUAAGCAAAAUAGUGUCAAUAAUAGUCAACAAAUAAUUCUCUUUUUCUCUUACAAUAUUCAAUUCCAUGAAGAAUAAAACUCAAAAUAUUUCAUCACAACUCGAAGACUAGGAUAUACGUAACACAUUUCAAAUAAAGAAUUAGCAUUAUAAUCUCUAUUUGUAAAAAUUUAUUUGUUCUUGAUAACGCUAGUUAAAAUUGUAAAGUUGCAGAUCUUCGAAUAUAGGAAAAUUUUUGUAAACAAUGUGACGGCGAUAAAACUGAUAUCGAGUACUUACAAACAACAAUGCAAUAUUGAACUUAGAAAUAAAAACUCUGUCAUUACUCGAUACUCGUAAAUUAGAUAAUAUCCAGUCGUCGAUUGAUAAAGUUUACUAGGUCUAGUUCGUAUAAACAACUUUCUCCGGAAACAUUAUCAUCACACAUGAAAAUACAUAAAAAAUUUGAAAUGACUAUGGAACAAUGUAAUCGGUUAUUUAAUCCUUAAUUAUUAAGUGGCUGCUGGUUUCGCGUCAAUGAUUCUUAUGAUGUUGCUUAAAUUAAAUGAUAGACUGUAUCGAUAAAUACAAGCUUUCAUUGUUUGUAUGCUAAAUGAGAAUCCCAUUAGUGCCAUAGUGAACGAUUCCAUCAAUGACUACUAGCUUAUGUCUUUUCUUUUGAAUUUAGUUUGGAUUCAAUUAAUAAGUAAUAAUUUAAAUGCUACGUAUUUUCCUUACGUCGACAAAUGUAAUUUUCUAUUUUAAGAUUAUUAUUUAUUUUCUAAUUGUCAAUAUCGUACGAUGAUGUCGUAAUAUUGCAUAAGAUAUUGCUAAGAACUUCUGCUAACUUAGAUUUUUUUACGUUGAAAUUUUUACAAAUCUAAUUUAGAUUUAAUGAAAUUUUCUUUCAGAGCAAUAACUGUUCAGUUUAAGAAUAAAACUAGAAUAGUAUUGAACAAGUAAUAUUAUAAUAUUAAAAAUUGAUAUGCAGAUUGAAGAAUAUUACAUUAUAUUUUUAUAGAAAUGAUAAGUAUAUAAAAUAUAUAGAGAGAGGAGAAGAGAAUAAAAAUAUUUUUCCUUUUUAAAUUAUAUUUAAAAGUAUAAGAUACGAUAAAAUGAUAUUGAAUUAUUAAUAUUACAUUUUUUUCAAUAUUGUAACAAGUUUAAAUUAAUUCCUAAUUAAAUUAAAAUUUAAAGUAGAUUAAAAUAGGUUGUAAGAACACUUUAGAGGCUCAUGCAGAACAUGUUCGAAGUGGACAAGCGAUAAAACGGCUGAAAAUACACGGGAAAACAAACGAUGGACGGUGUGUAACAACUGUCCAAUAAAUCUAAAUCCGUCCGUGGAAGACUUUCCCCAUUACGGAGGAGGAAGAACCAUCGACCAUGGCAGUCGACGAAGAAGUCGUGACGGUUUUCGGAAAUAGCGAGGUUCAAUAAUAACCCUGAUGCAGGAGGUGAACCCGUACCGAGAACCAUGCAGGAGGCGGGAGAACUGAAAUUAAAUUUAACGCGUUACGUCGUGCAUGGAAAUAAUAAUUGACUCUAUUAUUAAUACAUGAUACGAUUUUUAAUAUAUAUCAUUGUUCCAAAUAUCCAAUUCCUUUGGAAUAAAUUAUUAGGCAACGAUCAAAAACUAGUGCUAUUUUUGAAUGAAUCAACAUAGAAUUUGGAUGCCAACAGAGAUAGAUGAUACUUCUUAAGUAUUUUUGAUUUCUUUAAAAUUAAUUUCUGUAUCUUAAUACUAACGAUUCUAUGAUAACUUUUCAGGAUUCCUCAACUUGCGUGAAAUGAUCAUACAAUAAUUUUCCAAAAAAAAGAAAAAAAGAAACUAUUACAAGGAACUUUUAAUAAUCAUCUCCUCUGGAAGAAACUUUUGUUCUCGAGACAUAAUGGGCGCAAUAAAAGGACAUCAAAAGUCUCUCAAAAACUGUUCAUUACUGAGGCUUUGGAUUCAUAGAAAAGUUCAUGCAAGAAUUUCAAGAUUAUACCAUAAGUAUCAGAAAUUAAAUAAAUUACAAUAUUCGAUCAAGAAUUAUUGAAUCUUUUUAAUCAUUAUAAUUUGAUAAUAUAGCUUUCAUCUUUCAGAUAUCGUGCGCCCCGAUAUAUAAUACAUUUAGCUUCGUUUUCACGCAGGUACACCCAGUAUAGAUGUCUGUAGGUGCCUGCAAGUUGAAACCUGCACGACCGGCAAGGUCGAGGAACCUAACGCAACCAGCCACCGCCGGCGCGAUAUAAACACCGCCGGGAAUGGAAGAGACAGACCUACCUCUUCAGUUUCGAGAUUGCGAAAAAAAAAAGGAAGAACACAAAGAAAUAAGAACCGACCAUAAUACCGGGAAAAAUACACUUGCACUGGUCAUGAUCGAGACUUCAUUUCACUCCGGUCUUCUACUUUAUAGCCUUUGUUCAUUUGUCUACGACUUUUCGUCCUGAAAUGGAAAAUCUUUCUCUAUAUAUGAGAUACGAUUGGAUACUUACGCACUUUUAUAAAUUCAAAUUUUUUGAGAUUUAAUAUGAUUUGUGAACUGAAAAUAGAUUAGACGUGCAUUAAAAUUUUGGAAUAUACAAUAAUUAAAUUUAUUAAAAAAAAAUUGUAUGUAAUUGCAUGUAAAAUAAUGAAAUUUUAUAAUUUUGAUGUAAUUAUAUAAAUUGGAACGUUGAAUCCAAAAUUUAUUUCUUUUUGAGAUAAAGAAGAAAGAAGAAAAUAAGUAUAAAAAAAUAUUACAUAUUUAAAAUGCAAUUUCUUUUGAAAUAAAUAUUUUACGUCGGAAAAAUUAUUCUUUAUGAUGAAUACAAAUGGUAACUGAUAAGUGUAUCCUUCUGGCGAUGAUGGAUUAUGUUUAAUUAGAAAGAUAAUGACGUGACUUCGUAGAAUUGGUGAAGCGUGUACCAUUAGGUAGAGUUUGGAACAAUCGAAAGGAAGCCAGGCGACGAAUUAAUUAAAACAAAGAGCGGCCAAUUAAGCCAACGGCGGGCAACGAUCUCGCGUUGCGCAAGUUCCGUAAUACCGUCAAAACGAGACGGUUGCUUUCUCUUGGGAAACUAAGCGGCAACAGAAAAUUGUAUUACCGAAAGUAUAAUGUUACAUAAGUUCGAAAGUUUGAUAAUAAAAUGAUGCGUCUUCGCAAAUAUUGAAGAUCGAUAUAUCAAA